CUCCUGGUUACGGAAGCCCGGGAGGGCUGAGCGCGAGGUCUACCUCAGGGAAGCUGGCAGCAGAAGCCGGAUAGCGGUCGAGGAAAGGUAGCUGAGGCCCAAUGGCGACUGUGGAAGCAAGCGGCAGCGACGGGAAAGGGCAAGGGGUCGAGACCUCCGUCACCUAUUACCGAUUGGAGGAGGUGGCGGAGCGCAACUCCUCGAAGGAGAUAUGGCUGGUGAUCCACGGGCGAGUCUACGAUGUCACCCGCUUCCUUAACGAGCAUCCUGGAGGAGAAGAGGUUCUGCUGGAACAAGCUGGUGCAGAUGCAACUGAAAGCUUUGAAGAUGUAGGGCACUCCUCUGAUGCCAGAGAAAUGCUCAAGCAGUACUAUAUUGGGGAUGUGCAUCCGGAUGACCUUAAGCCUGAAAGUGGUAGCAAGGUCCCUUCGAAAGAUAACACCUACAAAAGCUACUGGUCAUACUGGAUUAUCCCCAUCAUAGGCGCUAUUGUCUUAGGUUUUCUGUAUCGUUACUACACGUCGGAGAGCAGAUCCUCCUGAGGAGACCGUGUUGAAGUCUGGAAAGCAUGUCCACUUGGGAGUGCAAACUAGAGACUUGUUUGGAGGCCGCAGCGGUGCCCUCUUCUUGAAUCCUGCCAAUUGUAUUCUUCCCCCUUGGAGCCCAGACUGUCGGCCAGACGUCCGCCUCAGCCCUGAGGCUAAUGUCCAGGUCAUUUCUCGGAGCCUUACUCUCAAAGCACCUGCGCACCUUCUGUGUCCUUGCCAUUGUUUCCUCUUUCCUCUUCUCCACGAGCCCCUCUACACCCGCAAACUUCCUUUUAUAAUUACGGUCCACAUGUCCUAGUUUCACUGCCCUUUGGUAAAAAUGCCUGCUUUCCAGUACUUUGAGCGCCGUUCUGAACAGGGUAGUACACUCUGGUUUUGAAGCUUUUCUUUUUCCCUUUUUAAGUAAAUACCAUUUUUUAAACUAUGACUUAAUUCUGUUAUUUAUCAUAAGAAGUUUAAUUCAUGAAGUCAAGCUGCCCACCUAUGACUUGAAAGACAGCUGCAAAGUGAUCUUACUCCUUGUUUAUCUUUGUUAAAACUGAAAGAACAUGUGAUGGUCUCCCUCCCUCCCUCCCGAGUGAGGCAGGGAGCUCUUGCCACCCCAAAGGCUGCCAAGUGGUGCUGAGCAGAACUGUGCUUCCCUUUUGUUUGUGGGGAGUGGAGCGAAACAAGGAAAAGGAGAGAUAAGGUGGGGUGACAGGGUGAAUUCAUAGUCAUCUUUCUUUUUAAAAACUUUAAAAAACACUACUUUAGGACAGGAGUUUAGAAAAAGCAGCAGAAACUUCAUCCUUUACUUUGAUUUGGCACCGAUUUCUUGCCAUCUUUUUCUUUUUCUUUUUUUUUCUUUUAACUCCUUACCAUCUUUUAUUGGUGAAAUACAAAUUUAUAAUUAUGUCUGUGGAGAUGGCCAGUUUUGUUAAAGGAUUUUGCUGCCUUUUUGUUUAUCCAUUAGUGAAUUUUUUAUUCUCUGUCUUACAAAAUUUAGAGAUUCCAGGUUGAUCAAAGAGAGAGUAUUUGAUCAUCUGUUUGCCCCAGUAAAGUAACUUCCAUGGUAAAGUGGCAUUCAGAAGGGGGAGAUCGUGACAGGAGAAUGUUUUCCACUUCAUCUGUAUUUUACCUCCAUGGCUCCAAUUUGUGGUUUUGUUGUUUUUCCGUUGAGAAUUAAAAAAAGAAAAAAACACUGGUAGUUUUUUUUCCCCGCCUUGGAUGAGCGUUUCCACUAAGGAGUAAGUUAUUGUUUAGAAUUAUGUUACUGUUUUCUUGGUUCAGGAAUUCCUCUGGCAUAUUUGACUCUGCUUUCUCUCCCCCAUGGAAGGACCUGAGGAGACAGUCCACUGGCAGUUUUCUGCCAACAACUGUGGUGAUUUUUCUCCCCAUCCUUUGAGGAUUACCAGGCUGCCUCUGAGCCAUUGUCACAUGCAGCAGGGAACAGCGUGGGCCAGGAAGGACCCUGGGCACUGCUCAAGCAUCUCCUCCCCUCUUCUUCCUUGCCAGCAGCUUGACAGGAAGCUACACAGCAAACCAGUGUCUGCCCAUGCAAACUAUUUAAGAAAAAGUUCAACCCGGGUCUUGUAUCCUGUGAUUUAGCAGUUGAGUGAAUUCAGAAUUCAUAAAAAUAAUAUUAACUUGGUUCUUGCACACUUGGUUAUGACAUUAUGGACUAAUUUUAAGGGAUUUCUGGCUGACUUUUAUGUGUCAGGGAUAUGGGCAAACUUUUAAAGCUUUUAUCUAGCAAAUGUUUUGUGUGUAUUAUAAGAUGUCACUUUAAGACAAUUUAUUGAAAGAGAAAUCUUUCAUUGUUGUGUAAUGAAAGUGAUGUGACUUUUGCUGCUCUUCCAUCUGAAGGCAAGGAAGGGUUGCCUUGAGUAAGGAUUGGUGUAUAAUUGCUAUAGUGAUUAAGUUGCAUGAUUACAUGGGACCAUAUUGGGGUAGAAAUGAAGGACAAAGGAGUAUUGAGGAGUUGGAAGGGGAACAUUCAAGCUAAAACUAAGCCAGAAGAUAACUUGGAUCAAUUAAAAGUGCGUUGGCAGUCUCCAAAAUUGAAUGAAAAACACCUGGCUCAGAAAAAACAUUAACAAAUGAUAGUGUUAAGUAAAGUUUAUGUCUUUGAUAUUUUUAGGAUAAAACCCGAUGCAAAAGUUAUGUUUUCUAUUUCAUAGUGGUUGUAUGUUUUUCUGUUUCAUAUUGGUUGUCUUUUCCUGUUGAUAUCUGGACUCGUUUUUGUUUAGAGCCAGAGGAAAAGAUUUUCUGACUUGUCUCAACCAUCCAUGAAAUCCAUCCAGUUCCCAGGGCUUCUUUGAUCUACUGCUAAUGUGAUGUCACUUUGUGUUAUCAAAACCACUUUGGGGUCCAUUUACUAUUAUUCUGCUGCCUGCAUAAACAGCCAGGUGAAAGGCAGAGCUCGUGUGAGAGUUUGCAGAGGUUUUUCUAAACAAUAAGUAAUACAGUAUGUUAGCCAACUCCAUCAAAAAAAGGACCUCUGUUUGAAGAAGUAGACUUGAAUUCUUGAAACAGUCUUGACAUUGGUAGGUCGUGAAAAGCCCGCUGGAGAGCAAGUGGAGUCAGUCCCCGUUGGCUGGCCAUGCCUCCUGGGGAGUCUCGGGGGUGUUUGGUUGUUUAUUCCCAAGGAGGACUUGCCACCGCCGCUGCCCACCAUACUGUACACAUAAUGGCUGGAGAUCACAGGAGGGAGAGGUGAGGGAAAGUUAGUGCCACCAAAAUAGGGAUGUUCGUGCUUGGUCCCAAAAUUUCCUGCCCUGUCUCUCAGGAAUUUGGUUUUGGUUUCCAAAUGACUUAUAUUUGUAAAGACAGGAAAGUGGUAGGGGACAGAGUUUAUACUGUGUUUAGUUCUUAUGUGACCACUUAAGCAGAAACAAAAAUCCAUUGGAACCUAUAAUUUGAGCCUGUUAAGUUCUUUCAGCAUUUAUCAUUAACACACGUGUUGUGAAAUAAGAACGUUGUUGAGUGUAUACUCAUUCAGUUCUGAUGUGGAGCAAUGAAAAAUGCUUUACAUGCCAGAUAUAUCAUUACUUAUAUAGUAUCUCAUGCUUAAAAUCUCAAGUGGUAUCUAUCUGAUUAAAUUCCAUUUUAGAAAUGCAGAAUAUUAAUGUUCAUUGCUUCCUUCUCCAGGAGAGGUGGAUUCAGGCGUGUCUUGUCUCAACAAGAGACUGACUUUUUUCUUUUUAAAGCAUCUCAUUCUUUUGCCAAGUAUCACAAAAGUAAUGGGGAGUUUAGUCACAUUUGGCUGUUGUGCUCUGAAAGAGCUGGGUUUGGAAUUUGUGGGGGUGAUCUCAGAGGGAGGCUCCAAGAAGCAGAGCGGAAUUUGUCAAGUCACCUACCCUACGUCUAGCGUCGCAUUCAUGAGUUUUAGGAGCUGCUCUUUGCCUGCACCUGUAUUCUACAUUUGCUAUUUAGGGAAUACAUUAUUAUGAUUAUUUAACUGCUUUUCUUUGUACUUCAUCCUCAUCUAUGAGCGAGCAAUAUCAACAUUCCUUUUGUGUAUUCGAUAAUGGAGUUUGUUUACCUAUUUGAUUUCAGCAUAUUUUGAACAAAGAUCUUUGUCUUUCUGGUGGAAUGUGCACACAGUGAAUGUUUGUUAGAACUACACACAAUAAAGAUACUGUUUUCCUUUU